AUGCCUUAUGAGAAAUUGAACCUAGAACCUUUCUUCAAGAAAGUUGAUGAAUUGAAGCCGCAAUUCAUUGAUAGAUUAUCAAAAGCAGUAUCAAUUCCUUCGGUAUCUUCAGAUGAAGAGUUGAGGCCAAAGGUCGUCGAAAUGGCACACUUCCUAGUGAAAGAGCUCGAGCAAUUGGACUUUGAAGACAUUCAAUUGAAGGAAUUGGGGAUUCAGCCGCCACCAGUUUCGGAUCCUAACUUGCACUUGCCUCCAAUCGUAUUGGGAAGGUUGGGAGAUGAUCCCAAAAAGAAGACUGUAUUGAUAUAUGGUCACUAUGACGUUCAACCUGCUUUAAAGGAAGACGGAUGGGAUACAGAGCCAUUCAAACUACACUAUGACAAGGUAAAAGACAUUCUUUAUGGAAGAGGGUCGACUGACGACAAGGGCCCUGUAAUUGGAUGGUUGAAUGUAAUUGAGGCGCAUAAGAAACUUAAUUGGGAGAUGCCAGUCAAUUUAGUUGUAUGUUUUGAGGGAAUGGAAGAGAGUGGCUCUGUCGGGCUAGAUGGGUUAAUUGCUAGAGAGGCUGACAAGUAUUUUGCAAAGGUAGAUACCGUUUGUAUUUCUGAUAACUACUGGUUAGGUACCACAAAGCCAGUUUUGACGUAUGGCUUGAGAGGAGUUAGCUAUUACCAGAUCACAGUAAAUGGACCUGGCGCUGACUUACAUUCUGGUAUGUUUGGUGGUAUUAUCGCAGAACCCAUGACUGAUUUGAUCAAAGUCUUAUCUCAACUUGUUGACAGUUCAGGUAAGAUCUUGAUACCCGGAGUUCAAGAGAUGGUAGCAAAGGUUACCGAAAAGGAGGAUGCUUUGUAUGAUGAUAUUGAUUUUUCCGUUAGUGAAUUGAAUGAAGCUUCAGGUUCUAAAACUGCAUUAUAUCAGAACAAAAAAGAUAUUUUGAAACAUAGGUGGAGAUUUCCUUCUCUCUCUUUACAUGGUAUUGAAGGGGCUUUCUCUGGUGCCGGAGGAAAGACUGUAAUCCCAGCAAAAGUAAAUGGCAAAUUCUCAAUUAGGACUGUUCCAGAUAUGGAUCCUCGCAAGUUAGAUGAACUUGUUUAUGAUUACGUUAAUAAGCUCUUCAAAGACCUCAAUUCGCCUAACACGAUGAAGGUGGAAUUGCAACAUGAUGGUAAUUACUGGGUUUCUGAUCCAUUUAAUGAAUCAUUUUCAGCUGCUGCAAAAGCUACGAAGGACGUGUGGAAUAUUGAGCCUGAUUUUACUAGAGAAGGUGGUUCCAUUCCCAUUACCCUUACUUUUGAGCAAGAACUUAAAACGAAUGUUCUUCUCUUGCCCAUGGGUAGAGGUGAUGAUGGAGCCCACUCAAUUAAUGAAAAGUUGGAUGUCAGUAACUACAUUAAUGGCUGUAAAACUUUGGGAGGGUAUUUACACUACUAUGGUAAAACUUAA